AUGGUGGGCUCGAUAAAGGUGAAUGAUAGAGUUCUUGAGGAUCCCAUGGAAAUAAAAGCUGCAGCCAUUGAUUAUUUUAGUGAUAACUUUAAAGAGGAGAGAAAGCUCAGACCAAUGCUGGGGGGAGAGCUCCCUAGAGUUCUAAAUCAAGCCACUUCUAGCCAGUUAAAUGAAGUUUUUGAGGAGGGGAAAUCCUUGCGGAACUGCUACUGCAAUUCUUCUCUGAGUUCUACUCCGGUUGCAAGCUCUUUAGAGGCACUUAACCUUUAUAACUUUAAUUCCGAAGGUUGGGUUUAUAAGGUGCUUGCAAAAGUUCUAGCUAAUAGACUCAAAUGCCAUUUACCUCCUCUUAUCGGUGAAUCCCAAGCUGCGUUUAUUAAGGGCAAACAAAUUUUGGAUGGUGUUCUUAUAGCAAAUGAGGUUAUUCAUAGGUGGAAAAACAGCUUUCAGGGAGGUCUGAUCUUGAAAAUUGAUUUUGAGAAAGCCUAUGAUUGUGUUAAUUGGGGAUUUUUACUUGACUUAUCCACAAAAUUGGGCUUCGGGGAGAAGUGGGCUCAACAUUUGCUAGAAAGGGCGAGGGAUCUGAACAUCAUUAAAGGGGCUAGAGUUGGACUGAAUGGAGCAAUUGGGAUCUUAGUUUCUCACCUCCAAUUUGCUGACGACACGAUUAUUUUCUGCAAUAAUGAUAGGGAGGAGUUGGCUAAUAUCAAAAGAAUUCUGCGAUGUUUUCAACUUAUGUCAGGAUUAAAGAUAAACUACUCCAAAAGUUCUUUGUGUGGGAUUAAAGUGAGCCACCAGGAUGUUACUUCCCUUGCUAUGAUUAUGGGAUGCAAAAUUGAUCACUUGCCAAUCAAGUACUUGGGGCUGCCAUUGGAAGCUAAUCCAAAGAGAAUCAAAACAUGGGAUCCAGUGGUUGAAAGGAUGGAAAAAAGGCUAAGAAAUUGA